AUGUCAACAGCUCCAAAAUCUGUGAUUUGGGUUAAAGACCAAAGAAGAAUUGUUCCUGAUCACAGAAUAAGACGCAUUAGCCCUACACAUCUUAAGAUUCUUGUGUUUCAGAGAGAAGACAGUGGUAUUUAUCAAUGUUACGUUUAUAAUGACUGGGAGUCAUCGCAGGCGCAUGUUCAACUGGAUUUGAAAGAGGAAAUGCCCACAUUCAUCCGAAUAUUUCCUGACCAAAUUCACAUGCCCGGGCAAAUUGUUUCCCUGCACUGCUCCUCAAGUGGAUCCCCUCUACCCCAAAUUUCAUGGUUCCUGGACGGAGAGCCUCUUUCGGAAUCCCGCAGGGUUAAAACCGGAGACUAUGUGCACAUGGAUGGAUCCGUAGUCAGUUAUGUCAAUAUUACCGAUUUGGCCGUCUCCGACGGCGGCCUCUACGGCUGCGAGGCACAGAAUGAUGUUGGGAUGAUCAGUCACUCAGCCAGAAUUGAUGUUUUUGGAUCCCCUUACAUCAGGCCAAUGGGAAAUUUGACAGUUGUUGCAGGGACGACGGUUACCAUUAGAUGUCCAGUUUCUGGGUAUCCGAUUGAUAGAACAUACGUGGAAAAAAGUGGCAGUAAACUACCGUUUGGAGAUCGCCAGUCAGUGGAUCAGAGAGGGAUUGUUCGCAUUCAUAAUGUUCGCAAAGAAGACGAGGGCAUUUAUAGAUGCGUUGCCACAAAUGGCCGAGGAGAGAAAGCAGAAAGACCAUUAGUGCUAAAAGUAGUCACCGCCCCUCUCAUAAGCCCUUUCAGCUUCUCAGAAAGUCUGGAGGAAGGUAUGAGAAGCUCCAUCAUCUGCUCCGUAAUUGCAGGAGAUCCUCCCAUAUCUUUAACUUGGUACCGUAACGGACGCCUCCUGAAAGAAACAUCCCCUGAUAUCCAAAUUGUACCCAUCACCGACUUCGUGUCCUCGCUCAUCAUCAAUCACGUUUCUCGACACCACAGCGGCAACUACACAUGUUUUGCCUCAAAUAGUGCAGCUGCCACCAAUUACACUGCGACCAUGAUCGUUAAAGCACCUCCAGUCUGGGUAAUUAAGCCGAGCGACCAGUCUGCCCUUGAAGGAAUGUCGGUCACAUUUGAUUGCCAAGCAGAGGGGCAACCACGUCCAGUUGUUAGAUGGAAGUUUGGGAAAGAUGACGGCACUUUCCAAAGUAUCCUCAGCAGCUCCCAUAUUCAUGUAUUAGAAAAUGGAUCACUGACAAUAACAGUGGCACAAAAGUCCGAUGCCGGAUACUACAUGUGUGAGACGAGCAAUGAUGUGGGAGAAGCUCUACGUUAUUCUGUUCGAUUGGCUGUGCAUUCUGCUCCCCAGAUCCAAACUUCUACCCAGGUGGUCCACGUGAGAAAAUCGGAGGAAGCAAAAUUUUCUUGCUCCGCUACAGGAGAUACACCGUUAACUAUAAUAUGGAGCAGAGAGGGAUUUCCUCUAAGUCUUUAUCCAGAAAACAGAUAUGCCACAAGGGAAAGUGAAGGAAGAGGGACAAAAAUGUCAGAAGUUGUCAUUAAGUCGACUCAGAGAAAGGAUUCUGAUACAUACACAUGUUCGGCAUCAAAUCCGUUUGGAGAAGAUAAAACUACAGUGCGACUAAUUGUCCAAGAGCCACCGGAUCCGCCAGAGGAUUUGAAGACAUUAGAAGUCACCAGCAAUUCCAUAAGUAUUUCAUGGACUCCAGGACAUCAAGGAAAUAAUCCAAUCAUAUCGUACAUUAUAAGUUAUCGCCCUGAUUCAGAAAAAUGGCCGGAGGAAAGAACUAAAAGAAUUGUUGUUUCAAGUGCCGAUACAACAGCAACUAUAGUUGGAUUGCGACCUGUCACCACCUAUCACUUAUAUGUCACAGCAAGAAAUGCCAUUGGACAAAGCUUAUCUAGUGCGGAACUGACAGUAACAACAAGUGCCGAGGCCCCAAGAAGUCCUCCUCGACAUGUUAAAGCCAUACCUCUAGAUUCAUCAUCCAUUCGUGUAUCUUGGCAGCUUCAACCAUCGUUUGUGGAGCAGGUUAGCUUCGUCGAGGGAUACUACGUUGGAUAUAGAGAGCUUCCAAGUGGUGGACCAUACGUUUACAAAACAGUGAAGAUAGGACAGUCUCAAACAGAUGCAAAUUAUACGCUAGUUGGACUCAAAAGAGGAACGCAGUACAGCAUCGUUGUUCAAGCGUUCAAUAGUCAAGGUGCAGGACCUCCUUCUGAUGAAAUCAUUAUUCAAACGGCUACAAUAGAUCCUCCUUCUUCACCAUUAUUAAAAGUAAUUGACACAUCCGCCACGUCAAUAAGUAUUAAUUGGGAGGCAAAGUCUUCAAGUGAAAGGCCUGUUACAGGAUAUAUAUUAACUUAUAAAGGAACUUCUGGACAAUGGCAUGAAAUUCGUCUUCCAGCUUCUCGACAAAGUUUUGUCCUUGAGAAUCUCCAAUGUGGUACAGCAUAUCAGAUAGUUUUGACAGCAUUCAAUAGCGUUGGACAUGGGGAGCCUAGUGAAAUGUUGCAAGUUACUACAAACGGAAGAGCCCCCGUAGCUCCAGACAAAUCGGAAUUCCUCCGAAGCAACACAACCUCUGUUCAGCUGAAUCUCCGAAACUGGCUGGACGACGGAUGCCCGAUAUCCCAUCUUGUUAUCCAGUAUAAGCCUCAGGGACAGAAAGAGUGGAUACUUGUGUCUAACCAUAUCCUAACGGAUCAAGAGAUUCUCAUGAUCGCUGACUUAAGUCCUGGUACUUGGCACGACCUCAUGGUUACAGCACACAGCGAUGCUGGCUCCACUGAUGCAGAAUAUCGAUUCGCUACUCUCACAUUAACUGGAGCUACUGUCCCACCGUUGAGCGUCAUCCGGCAACCACCCUUCUUUGAAGAUCCUACAAUUCUGGUCCCCAUCGUUUGCGCCAUUGUGGUUCUCGUCGUCAUUAUAAGUGUGACUGCUUUUGUGGUGGUUUGGAAGAGAAGAGAUCCAGCAGGAGAAGCUCCGUCCGACAUUUAUUCACGAGGCUCCGGAGGUCGAGCUGACGAUAUUUCCAUGAGUUCCUAUGGUAAGGCAAAGGGUAAUUCCGUUUAUGACUCUCAGCGAGAGCCUUUGUAUUAUCCUCUGCCUUACGCCACCACACACAUUCCAAACCAUGCCCUUCAGGACCCCACAACGGCAUCACCAGAACAGAGCCUUCAAAGGACCCGAGUUGGAGGACGAUUAUCAGAACAUACCUAUGACGUACCCCAACGAGUCCAGCAUCGUCACAACGUGCCUCAUCAUCAAUACUCCCAACUCUGGGCUAAUAACAGAGGAUUUUGUGAGAAACCCUCGUUGAUAAGCUCCAGAGGGGACAUUGAUGACUUUGAUGUAGCAAUAGCAAUGGCGGAAAAAUAUGCUGCAUUCAGACUUUCACACACAAGGGCCAAUCAGGCCGUGCUGAUGGAAUCAUCAGGGGGGGGGGGGUGGAGUUUCGUUGUUACCCAACUUGCUCCAAAGCAAGUCAUUCCCAGCUGGUUGUUUGUUAAUGAUCCGGAAGAUUUGCCAGCAUUCCAGGAGGAAAUGUGUCCUAAUAUAGAAGAAUACGAUGAAGAGUCUUUGGAUCAAGAAGAAAUGUCGGAAACAGAGUGUGAUAGAGAUUGUAUUGGAGUAGAGCGACAAAGAAAAUAUGUCGCUGGAAGUUACAGUCGUGUAGGUGCUGUUAUUGUUUGUUAAUUUGUAUGGACACUGAAACGUAAAACAGCAUUACUGAUUGCUA